AUGACUUUUCGAGACCGCUUCAAAAGGGCCUUUCACCGCUCGUCAUCAGACAAGGACAAGGACGCCAAGCCCAAGAUCGAGUACUAUCGACGUGGAGAAUGCCCUCGCUCCAAGUACCGGGGCCCCGUCGACCCAGAACACAAACGGAAACUGUACGACUGGAACUUUGCAACAGCUACUGAAGACCGCCGCCGGUCCUUUGACCUCGACCUGUCACCCUGCACCAGCCUGCCCGAAGACCCUGACAAUGGCCACAAGACCGACGACACCUCUGAAUCCGAGCCCGAGGUGGCACACAUGCAUGUGCUUGGAGGAGGUUCCAUCACUGUCGCCCACCAUGAAGUGGCCCCGUCCGGAUCCGUCGAUUCGGCCUCUGACUCGUCUACCGCCGUCGCCUCCAGCUUUGGCUCGUCCACGCUGACCUUGAAGGAAAGCUGGGACUGGCCGCUGAUGAAACGGGAUACUUUGGCACCGCUGAAGGAGUCCAUUGCCUGGACUACGCCUUUGGCUCGUCGUAUCUCGGCGCCGGAGAGGUCGCAGGCGGUGCGUCCUGAAGACCUGAGCCGUGCUCUGAACGCUGUUGGCGCGGUGUAUUAG